AUGAGUACUCCAAGAAAGACUGCCGGUGACAAUGAAGAUACAGAAAUUUCAGAGAUUAGAACCCCUUUUCGUGAGAGGGCCCUUGAAGAGCAACGUCUUAAGGAUGAAAUACUAAUCAGGAAUACACCCGGUUAUAGAAAACUACUAUCCACGUCUACUAAAUCUCAUGAUAUCCUUAAUAAAGAUCCUAACGAAGUACGAAAUUUCUUGCAAGAUUUAAGCCAAGUGCUAGCACGCAAAUCGCAAGGCGACGAUACAAUUGCUCGCAAGGUUCGAGCUCGUAAUCUAAUAGAUGAACUGACGCACGAGGGAAACCGAAUAGAGCAAGAUGGCUCUCUUCAGGGUGAGGGUGAAAACACAACAGAUAACAACACUAGCAAUGGGAUGCAAGCAGGUUAUACUUCAUUAUCACAAACUAUAUUUUCAAAGUUGCAAGAGAGAGAAAAAGGCUUGAAAAGUAGAAAGAUUGAUCCUAUCGUUAUACAAGAUGCUCCAAUGAUAGAAAAUGAGGAUGAAAUGAUGGUGAAUCUUCCAAAUAAUAUUAAUGAUGUCUCUAUGGAUGUUUUAAGAGCGUCACCAGGUCUUGCAGGUGAUGCAACAGAGGACUCGCAAGUAGAUGAUCCCGAGUCAUCUUUUGUAAUGCAACAAGAAGAACGACUACCCGAUUCUAUGCCAAACGCUGAGGAAGAUGAAAAAGAAGAACAAGCUGAGAAAGAGGAAUAUUCAUUACUAAGUGCCAGUGAUGAAGAGUUGGAUGAUUUCGAAGGCGAACCCGUGCGUCUAAAUAUUCCUGCGGUGAGACAUUCUUCAGUAAAACCGUUACAGAUAAUGGACUUGAAACAUCUAACAAGGCAAUUCUUGAGUGAAAAUGAAAUAAUAUUACCGAAUCAAACGUGGUCCACCAUACAAGAAGAAUCUUUGAAUAUUAUGGAUUUUCUGAAACAAAGGAUCGGUACGUUGCAAAAGCAAGAUCUUGUAGAUUCGUUCAUUGAUAUGGGUAUUAUAAAUAAUGUCGAUGACAUGUUUGAGCUAGCACACGAAUUGCUUCCCUUGGAAUUUCAAUCAAUAAUUGAAACUUACUUGUUUUAA